UCGUUGGCUCACUAUAUAAAGGGGAGAAGCGGGCGGACCGGACGGCUGGAGCUGCAGCCGGUGGCGGCAGCGGCGGCGCGGGGAGCGGCGUCCGGUGGUGGUUUCCCUCCUUGGCGCGGGGUGGGGAGUGGGCAACGCCCCCCGGACCCCUGAAGGGUCGUGGCUUUUUUUUUUUAAGGGCGAUUCUCGAGGUUUUCAGCUCCGGGAGGACUGCCCCCUCCUCCUCGUCUUCCUCUCACCGCUCCCCUGUAAUCCUUCACGCUCCGAUUUUGUUUCCAAAUUUUUCCCCACUCUUGGCGGUGGCUUGGGUCACCCUCCGGCCGUUUUGGUUUUUCUUUUUCUUUUUUUGGUUUUUAUCCUGUUUUCUCGGGGUUGCCCCCCUCUUGUUUGUGUUGUGUGUGGAAAUGGCGAACUCGGCAAAUACAAACACCGUGCCAAAAUUAUAUAGAUCUGUGAUCGAAGAUGUUAUUAAUGAUGUGAGAGAUAUUUUUCUGGAUGAUGGAGUCGAUGAACAAGUUCUGAUGGAACUGAAAACUUUAUGGGAGAAUAAGCUAAUGCAGUCGAGGGCCGUAGAUGGAUUUCAUUCAGAAGAGCAGCAGCUUUUAUUGCAAGUUCAACAACAGCACCAACCCCAGCAACAACAGCAUCACCACCACCACCACCAUCAGCAAGCUCAGCCCCAGCAGACAGUACCUCAGCAAGCACAGACCCAGCAAGUCCUUAUUCCUGCAUCACAGCAGGCUGCAGCACCACAAGUUAUUGUUCCUGAUUCUAAGCUGAUACAACAUAUGAAUGCAUCAAACAUGAGUGCUGCUGCUACAGCUGCUACCUUGGCACUCCCUGCAGGUGUGACUCCUGUUCAACAGAUACUAACAAAUUCAGGUCAGCUUCUUCAAGUGGUCAGAGCAGCCAACGGUGCCCAGUAUAUCUUUCAGCCUCAGCAGUCAGUGGUUCUACAACAACAGGUUAUACCACAAAUGCAGCCUGGCGGAGUACAAGCUCCUGUUAUACAACAGGUAUUGGCCCCUCUUCCAGGAGGAAUUUCGCCACAGACAGGUGUCAUCAUCCAGCCUCAGCAAAUCUUAUUUACAGGAAAUAAGACUCAAGUUAUACCUACAACAGUGGCGGCUCCUACUCCAGCACAAGCACAGAUAACUGCAGCUGGCCAACAACAGCCACAGGCUCAGCCUGCUCAACAGCAAACUCCAUUGGUGUUACAAGUUGAUGGAACUGGGGACACAUCAUCUGAGGAAGAUGAAGAUGAAGAAGAAGAUUAUGAUGAUGAUGAAGAGGAAGACAAAGAGAAAGAUGGAGCUGAAGAUGGGCAGGUAGAAGAAGAGCCCCUCAAUAGUGAAGAUGAUGUGAGUGAUGAGGAAGGACAGGAACUGUUUGACACAGAAAAUGUUGUUGUAUGCCAAUAUGAUAAGAUACACAGAAGUAAAAACAAAUGGAAAUUUCAUCUCAAAGAUGGCAUUAUGAAUCUCAAUGGAAGAGAUUAUAUAUUUUCCAAAGCCAUUGGAGAUGCAGAAUGGUGAAGAGAUGCGUCUUUUCUUUUAUAAGUAAUACAAAAGAAACUUAAAACAUUUUAAAGUGGACAGUUUCAAACUUGGGACACACACCAACCAAAACUUAAUUUCUGCAUGUCAGAAAAGAGCAGUAGAAGCAAAGCUACUGGAACAAAGAAACCUUGACAACAUAGACACUACUUCUAACUGGCAAGCCAUGGAACUGUAGCACCUGGGGUUGUUGAGGGUGGGAGGUUGGGGUUUUGUGUAGGUAAACCAUAAUUGUCGAUUUUAAAUACAGGUACCUGCCACCGCUAAUUAGCAUGUAAAGCUUUGUCUAUAUUCCUUCUUCCAACUUGGGUUCAAUCAGAAGAUACUUGUUGGAAUGAACUGAAGAAACUUCCCUUUUGAUAGAUGGAAUUGAAACUGCUUAUUGUAUGUGGUUAUAUUUGCUAAAAAUUGCCUGUAAGCUUUUUACAAAAGGGUAAGAAUUAUGGUGUUGAACUUUAAUUCACUUGUAUAAGGAAACAAUUUCAACUCUCAUAAUAGGUCUUAAAUAUUUUUACUUACUACUCUCUCUCAGUACUAUAUACCUCUUCCUUCCCUGCUUUAUGAAACAUCUGUUUAAGAAUUAAAGGAAGUAAACAGUGAUCACAGUUUGGAGAUAAAAUUUAACCCAUGACUGGAUAUUUAUUUUAAUUAGGUUUUUGUACUUAUUAAAUGUAAUUUAAAGAGUUGGAUCCCAUCUAAGUUGGUCAGAAUUAAAAUGACAACUUCAGUUUCCUUGCAGAAAGAUUUUCUUUUAGUCCCACUCCUAAAACACACACACAUAGACACGAACAUACUCAACAGGAAUAGGUUUUGCUUCACAAAUAUACCAUCUUUGCUAAAAUUGUAUACUUCUGAAUGGAUUUCCCUGUUGGACUGAAGUAUAAGCUUAUACACAUGCUUAGCCACUUUAAGCUAAACAUCAGAUUCUGUGCAUUGAUUGAAGCAAGAGCAGUUGUUAAGGACCUAAAUUUUUAUUAAACAAUUUAGUAAUUAUAAAAGUUUCUUGUGUUUACUAGUAAAAACUUUCAAAAUCUAUUAUUGAACAAAUUUUGAAAAAUACAACUUUGUAAUUUGAUGGGGAAAUUUUGGGGAGUAGAGGGAGUGGGCCACUAACACAUAUUUACCUCUCCUUUGGUGGCUCUUCUAGGCCAUUGUAAUAAACGUGGGCUCCGGUUUGCACAUUGGGAAGAAAGCUUAGAAAUCUGACUUGUAUUUUAAAAAUAGAAAUUUAAUAUGUAUCUUAAGAAUGCAUAGCUCUGUAUUCUCUAAAAGGCUCUAAAGAGCAAUCUGGCACUGCUGUGUUCAGUGUGAGCUAGUUGCCUGGAGAACUGUAAGAACACUUGUCUUCAUCUCUGUGUUCUUACAACUGACUCUAGUUUAUCUUGACAAUUCACAUGUGUUUAAGUUACUUGUAUAUUGAUUUAUUCUAGUCUUCCAUUUUUGUCUUUUAUUUACUUUUUGUGUUUCCAGAAGUAACAUAGAAACACUUUAAAGUACAUUGCAAAGAAAAACUGUGAGCUAUUAUUAUAUAUUGUUUUUAACACAGAUCUUUAAACUUCUCAAAAAACUAAUGAAAUUUUUUUUCUUGACUAUUUCCCACCUCAUUUAGCCGUUGGUCCCUUUAACUUAUGUUCCGAACUUUGGUGUAAAUGGUGAUUUCUAGCAAGCUAGUAGUUAAAAGUUUUAUUUAGAUGUUAUAAUUGGUGAGACGGUUUUUAUUUUUUACUACAGUAAUUUAGUUUUUAGAGGGGAGAUUUAUUUGUUUACUCCACUACUCUCAGAGCAGAGUAUUUUGCUUUUAUUAAUGAGACUGUGAGAAGAGAAGGGAGAGAGUGAAAUCACAGAAGUCCUGUUGUUUAGUUGCCCUACAGUAUAGAUCCUAGCAAGUUUGUAUUUACCCAAUGAAGAAGUCAAUGACCUAAACUACCUAUAAAAGUUUAGCAGUGCUGCAGUGUUGAUUGAAACCCUUUGGCUGUCUAGUAGUUUUUAUGCUACUGAACCUUGGCUUACUAUAUGAUAUUCAGCUCAUCUUUUGGGCCCUCUAUAUAGACGAACAUUUGCAUUCAUAGUAGAGUUAUAUACUGGCCUGUUUUUAGACCAUUUUCAAACACGAACAACCACUGCUUUCAGAGUGGCUCAUUAGGGUUAUUAUGAAGCAGGAAAUAAUCAUUUGUAUUUGCAUCUGUGUAUUGCAUAUUAAUUAUGGCAUACUUGGCAAAUGCUUUUCUUUUACCUGUGAAAUUUCUGAAAGCCGGUCCAAACAAUACUGCAUACCAAAUUGUGCUCUUAUAUAUUACUGCAUCGUGUUCCUUUUUAAUCAAAUAGCAUGUUUUAGUUUUUUUGUAGUGGCUUGCUUUAUGCCACUUACCUUUUAUUGUACUUGAAGUCCUAAUCAUGUUUUUAACAUUGUAUUUAACAAAUCAUUUCAUUAGGUUUCAUAAAAGUGUCAUUCCUUUGAAAAGGUAAGGAUUCCCACUUUCAAAAUCUUAGAAUGAAAACAGCAUGUUUAUUCAUAGAAGGGAGAUAGUUCAGACUUGGUAUUAAUGAAAUAAGGAAAGAUUUCAGAAGAGGAUUUGUUUAGAUUUGCACAGAUGUUGAUGGCACCUUUUACUCAAAAAAAAAAAAAAAACAUUAAUCAACAGUGGUCUGUAACAGACUAGGUAAAAUGUGGAAAUGUGUGCCUUUCAGUAUUUGUUCUCUUGGUGGUGAUUUGGAUAAUCAGACCCUUUAAAUGCCUGAGAGCACAUUUAAUUUCUGUGGAGUACCACAUUUGGCUAAAGUGAUUCUUUAAUGUGCAAUUAGUUUCUGGAGUGAAAUGUCUGUUAUAUGAGGGGGAUCUUUAUAUUGGACUUUUAUAUUUUUUUAAAUGUUCACAUUUCUUUCUGUUAAUUAAAUGCCAUUGUAACAUUUAUAUUGUUGCCUCUUAAAAUCAAAGCCACCUUGAUGUUAUUCUUCUAGGAAUACAUCAAGAUUUGAGCAGUGUGUAUAGUGAUUAAAAUGUAUUCUUGAAGAGCAUAUUCUAAUAGAUUCAGGUUUUAGAAAGCAAGAACACAAAAAUAUACCUUUUGUAUAAAGAUUUUCUUUUGCUAUAGUGAAAAUCAAGGACUUGGUUUUCUAUUUUUUUCUGGCUUUUAUGGAAGAAUGAAAAGGGUUAUCUCCUUCAAAGUAACUUUUGAUUAUCUUAUAGCAAUAAUGUCACCAUUCUUUUCAGAAGGUAAAAAUAUGCCUUGUAUAGGAAAAUAGACAUAAUUUCCUUUUGGGAGGUCCCUUUAUAACCUAGCAUUUUCUUCCACUUGAGAAAAUUUCCUAUAUUUUCAGAUUACUUCAUCUUGAACUUUUUUGAGCUUUUGUGCAAUGUAAUAUUUUAUUGAUCCAUCUUUGUACAUUUUCACUUUAUUUCAUAUAUGUCUAUCACCUAUCUGUCUGAAUCAGCUAUUUCAGAUUUUGAAUUCAUUGGUUAAAAAAGUUUUAUGUAUUUCUUCAUGGGUUUAUGUUAGGCUGUUUUGCAUUUUAAUCUAUUAUGCUAUGGAAAUUAUUCUGAAGUUUCUAUUCCCUUUUUAAGCCUGCCUUAGUCUAUCUUUUGUCAUUUUCUAUGGCUUAAGGAAGAGUACACCGAGCCUAAUAGUUUAUUUUGAGGAACAAGAGAAACCUUUUCUUCUCUUUUAAGGGAAGAACUACUUUGUUAGUAACUACUAUUUCAGUCAAGGUUUCUUUAGUUGGUCCAAUCUACAGCUACAAUUUGGGGGAGGGUCUAAUCCUUUUUGCUGUUCUGAGCUACUAUUGUCAACUGCUGUUGUACAUACUGUUAUGUGUAAGGGCGUAAAUAUAUUUAUUAUGUUUGUAAAAUUCAUUCUGUACAAUUGCAGAUCAAAGUUGCUCUUCUGUGAUAUAUGGGAUAUUAUGUUUUAAAGACCAUCUUGGGAUACAAUUAGAGAACUUAGUAUUUUGAUGUACUAAGACCUAUUUUAAGUUUAAUAUUUUACCUUUGCAAAAACUUUAAUUAAAGAUGUUAUUUA